AUGUUUAUUGUAAGUACUCGUGCACUACGGGUUUUGUACCUCAUUGUGUUUGUUGUUUUAUAUGUCGUUAGUUUUAUAUCUUAAACUGCUCCCGCUAUUCACCAAGUUCUGCUCUCCUGCGUUUGACUUCCCUGCCACUAGUUACGCACCCCUUACAAACAGCAAUUGGCCCAGAGGUUGCAAUAGAGGGUACACCAAUUCUAGUUUCCAUCCUUGCCUGAUAGACAUAUUGGGGCCUCGAAAACUUGGUUUGUGGACUCUAAAGCUAACCAAGGAGAGUUAUCAAUUAUGUAUGGGAGAGAGAGAGAGAACACUAAGUGGGACUUCACCCCAGGGAGUUGUUGAAUGGAGAGAGCCUGAGUUGUUGACAUUAUGUAGAUAGUCCCUUUCAUGACCCUCCUAAAACACACUGGCGCAGGCUUAUUAGGUCCAUUCCCUUCUGACAGUAAGUGAGGGGACAGAGAGUCGCACCCAGGGGUAAAGCAGGGCAAACCAGAGGAAAGGCCUACAGGCUCUUCAUAUCAAAAUUCCUCACUACCUCUCUAUUGCGUCAGUCUUUCCAUUAGAACUCCAUCACUCCCCUCAGAUGCAGGAGCAACAGUGUCAACAUGUAAGUGAAUGUUACAUGCCCAUAGAUGUUGAAGUCACUGCAAAAUAACCUAUUAGGUGUCAAUAAACCAUGGCUCCGACAGUGGGUUAACCAGAGAAGUCAUUUUUAGGAGUUUGGGGCUGGAACUAAAAGUUUCCCCUUCGUUCCUACAGUAGCUGACGAGUUGCUUAGCAGCUUCUGCGCUGAAUGGACAUGCUGUCCCUGUACAUAGCUGAACGGUGUGAUUACUAUGGAGAAGACAAAGAGCACCAGUAUGUGACAAGACUGCAGAGGCCAAGUGCUGAAGAAACCCCAUCGUUGCUGCACCCUGAGUCAUCCACCAACUACUUGCCAUUUACGCCGUGGAGCUAUAAAUACACAUACUUAAGAUUUAUUCUCUCCAGGUCCCAGGGCAACAGAGGAGCAACACCACUGCCCCAACCAUGCCAAUCAACUCAUUGUCAUGCCAUGGAUAAGACUUACUCUUUGAUACGUUCUAGAAUGGAUCAACUGGGUAUAUAAAGGGUGUGAGUGAUGCUCCACAGCUGAACAAAGUCUGAUUGUCCAGGGCAGUCCUUCCCACUAUGAGCCAGCCUUCCUGAACUGUUUGGGGGGAAAAUAUUGCUGCCCUUUUGUGUGUUGAGUAAGUCAUUAAACCUGACUUAGUCAUUGCAAUUAGUCAAAGAUUAAAUUACAUUAGCUAGCCAGGGGAAACCCAAGAGAGGAAACAGUUUUUUCCUAGUACCACUCUCAGGCCAUUCCGAAGUCAUGGCUGACCACAACAAGGUAUUACCGCGUCCUCUUUUCCGCCGAGAUGUAAACUGGGAUCCUUUCCGUGAGUGGACACAGCCAAGCCGCAUGAUCAUGGAGCAGGACUUUGGCCUCCCUCCUUUCCUGGAUCCAGGCGAUGUGAGCUGGAUAGACUGGGCUAGGAGGAGACUGGCAUCAUCCUCCUGGCCAGGGUACACACGCCAUCCCCUCUUCACCCCCAGCACUGCUCCCCCUGCUGCAGUGGCACCCCAGACCGCAGCCAGACUUCAAAGACAACUGUCUGGAGGAGUGUCAGAGAUCAGCACAGGACAGGACAGCUGGAGGAUCACACUGGAUGUCAAUCACUUUUCACCAGAGGAGAUAUCAAUCAAAACCAAGGGGGGCUUCCUGGAGAUUACUGGUCAACAUGAAGAAAGGGAGGACGAACAUGGAUCAGUCUCAAGGUGCUUUACAAGAAAAUACAAGCUGCCCCCUGGUGUGGACUUGCAGCACGUCAGCUCAUCUCUGUCUGGUGAAGGGAUUCUCUUGGUAGAAGCACCCCUCCCAGGCUUAACCACCACCAUCCUCCCCAGUGACAUGGUCAUCCCCAUUCAGAUCAAGCACGAGUGUGAGGGGAAAGAGUGAAUCCAGUGAUCCAUUAUAACUAGAUGUAAAGCUUGGGGUAGAGCUUUAAAGCUUAUGUCGGCGUUGACAACUUUUGACAACAUUCUUUUGAAUUAAGCCUUGGUCAUUUAUGAUGACAAACAUAGUGGCUUCUAUUGCUAUUGAAACACCAUCACUUUAUUCACUCUCACUCGAACUACACGUGUGGCAUGUUUUUCUAUGUAUUAUGUUAAAUCAUUUCCCGCAAAGACUAGCAAAACCAAGAUAAAGUGAAAAAUCAAGACUGUUGAAAUGUACUUUCUCAUUUGUCAAAUGAUAGAUCAUCUGGGAGUCAACAUGACCAUGCUUAAUAAAGCUGUUCUUAAUAAAGAUGUUCAUAACUGUUAAUAAAACAGUUUUCCAAG